AUGUUGCAACUGACCAGCAAGACGCGCCGCACGAUCAAGCCGCACAUUCUCCGCACGUCAUGUCUCACCCUAAUUUCGAAUGCUCACCCGAGGCCCGCCCCUCUCUACAAUCCUGCUAGGCUCUACUCGACUGAGCAGCCAGACAAGCCGAGCUCACACGCUAACGCUCUCGAACCGAAAGACAACGACUUCAAGCCUGCACCGGGCAAGCAGCGCCUACACCCACGGGCUCUUAGGAGUAAAACCACUAAAAGGCGAGGCGGGGCGCCCAAUGCACAGCCGUUGACCAACUUCUUGAAGGACCUCGAGACAGGAAGCCUGAACGCUGGGCAGCAAGAACAAGCAACGACAACAACACCAGAAGCGCUUGAACCCACAACAACAGAUGGCGCUCAAGAUGGCACACCAGAAGCGGCAGAGGGAGAUUCCAAGAAAAAGGGAAAGCAGGCGAAGAAGUCAAAGCCGAAGCCAAGCAGUUCCCCUGCUGCUGUUGCCAGUGAUCCCAAACUGAUGCAACGAGCUACGGCGGUACUACGGAAGGUGCUUGAAAAGGAGCUGCGUGCCGAGCAGGAGAGCGUAGGAUCGGAGGCGGGCAAAGACAAGUCUAAACCUGGCAAGAAGAAGAAGCAAAAGUCAACAGAGACAAAACCCACGGAACCGAAGAGUUUGAUAAGAAGAUUGCAGACCAACGGUAAACUGAAGCCCUCGGGUGUUUUGGAAAAAACAACGGCGGCAGCAGCUAUAACUCCAGCACCGGAUACGUCGGCGGCGACCACAAAGAAACAGACAAAAGAGACUUCAGCCGAACCAAAGCCUCGCUCACCUGAAGAUUUACAAUGGCCACCUCCGGGAAGGAAGCUCCACGUGCGACGGGUUGAUCCCGAUUUGAUCAAAAUGAUACCGGUCCAUAAAGAGCAACCUCCUGUGCCAGGUUUGUCUUAUGGCUUGGAUAGAGCCCUUUUCAACCCUGGAGUCUACCACAUGCAGGAUCCUAGGUCUCGGGUAUGGAAUUUCGACCCCUAUCUUGCGCGUAUCAUGCCGAUUCAGGAGUUCGAUUUCAACGCACUCAAGCAGUAUAUCACCUCUUCGAAGGAUACCACCCUUAUCGACAUCGCACGAGAAGCGAAGAAGAAGUACACGGGUUCUACGUCGAGUAUGACCUCGACACUAGCGCAUUUCCAUUAUCUUUUGUCCUCCUGGCGACCCAUCACCACCGGAAUGAUGUCUCAGUCAUUUAGGGCCGAUUCGACAAACUUUACCAGGAUUAUGCGCGCCCCUUCUGCUGCCUUCCUUCACUGGAAGGAUGGUGUAUAUGCGAUCGAUGCGGACAAGGAAUUCGACACAGCAAACGUCCUGAGCAUGCUUGGAAAGUCAAUGGAAAAGCUUCUGACGUUGCCCAAGGAAGAUUUCGAGAAGUAUCGCAAAACCAAGUCUCACCAGCUUACCGAGGAGGAACGUGACAGCCCCGAGUCAUACCAUUACACCAAGUUAGGAGACUUCAUGAUGCGGUCACAGCUCGAUGCCUACGAUCCCAGAAUUCCGGGCACCGGCAUGUUCGAUCUCAAGACAAGAGCCGUUAUUUCUAUCCGCAUGGACGCCAAGGGGUUCCAAAAGGGCUUGGGAUACGAGCUCCGCCACCGGAACGGUAACUGGGAAUCGUUUGAGCGCGAAUACUUCGACAUGAUCCGUUCUGCUUUUCUCAAGUACUCCCUCCAGGUCCGCAUGGGCCGUAUGGACGGUAUCUUCGUUGCCUUCCACAACACCCAGCGGAUUUUCGGCUUCCAAUACAUUCCGCUUACCGAAAUGGACUAUGCCUUGCACGGCACCCGUGACACCAGCCUCGGUGGCAAGGAGUUCAAGCUCAGUCUCCAUCUGCUCAACAAGAUUCUGAACAGGGCUACCGCAAAGUGGCCAGAGCAGUCGUUGCGCCUUCACAUUGAGACAAGGCCAACUGACCCACCGCUCAUGUACAUCUUUGCCAAGCCGGUUACGCCAGAUGAGAUUGAGAAGAUCCAGGGAGCCAACAAGAAGAUCAUUGAGAAGUUUGAGCGCGAUAUGAUGGGCCUGGAGCCGAAGGAAGAGAAGGGAGAGGGUGUUGCCAAUGAAAAGACAACUGAGGAGGCCGUGGAGGAAGCGACCGAGGAAUCUGUCAGUGAACCUGAAGCGCGUGAGGAGGUCACCACAGCGGACGUUUGGGAGGACAUGGUAGUCAAGGUCGAGGAGGCCCUCGAAAACGAGGAGCACGGCGUCACCUCAGUCCGCGAAGCUAUUGAGCAGGCCCUUCGCUCGAGUGGCUUGCUCGAAGCCAGCGCCCCUGAGGAGGCGCGCCGUUAUCUAGAUGAGCUGCUUGAGGCUCUCAUGAGCGCUGAGUCGGGCAAGGCUGACGAGUCCGCGGCCGAUAACGCAGCCGAGGAAUCUGCGUCUGCCGUCUCUGCUGAGGAGGCUACAGAAGUCAAGGUCGAGAAUGGUCAGGCGGCUGAGGCUGAGGAGGAACCCACGUUGAAGGAUUUGGUCCUUCGCCUCGCCAGCCAAGUCAAAGCAGACCGCAGUGAAGUCGUCAAGGGCAAAGCCGAAGACGAUGUGUCUGCGGCGGCGGCGGAUGACUCCAAGCUCCGUAAAUUCGAGACCAUUUUGUCAGAGCUCAUUUCCAAGUCCCGGGACACCACUGAAACCGGCGAGAUCACAGAAAGUGGUGAGCAGAUUGCCGCCUCCACAGACGCCUCCGCCACAUCCAAGACGCAAAACCCCGAAGACGAAAUCGCCUCCCUCGACGAGACCGUGCACACCAAGACCAACGACAAGUCCAUUCUCCCCGAGACCAAGCCCGAACUCCUCGGCAUGAUCCUGACCAUUCGCAACAAGGUCAAUGGCGAGUACGUCGAGCGCCCCGAGCACCUGCGCCGCACCGACAAGUGGGAGGUUGAGUACUCGCUCGAGGACAUGCCGGCCCUGCGGGCCGAGAAUAUCUACAAGAUGGUUAUCCAGCGGCGGUGCAAGACGCUCGACGACCAGGAGGACCGCGACAAGGCCUGGUAUGAGAUGUUCCAGGGCGCGCUGCACAAGUAUACGCGCAAGGGCCGCAUGCAUCGCAAGAAGGAGAUUGAGCUUGGGAAAACCAGGCCAGUGCACGUGUAUGGUAUGGACAAGCCGCUUGAUUGGGAAUCGGUCUUUGGCGAGGGUAAGGAGGAAGGUAUGUCGUACCGGUGGUAUGGGCAGGAAGCGGAGAAUGUUGAGACUGGCACCAUCGAGCUGAGCCCGGAGGAGGUGGAGGAAGAUGAUGGGAGUUUGCCGGUGGAGGAGGUAGAGGGGGCUGAAGAGGGCGAUGCGGAGGUGGAUGUUGCAGCUUUUUCUGAAGAAAAGUCUGAUGACCAACCUGAGGCUGUGGAACAACAACAGUCUGAGGAGAAGUCUGAGGAAAAGUCCCAGGAGAAGUCCGAAUGAGUUGUAAGG